CGCGCCGGCCGCGCCGUGCACGCCGCCGCAGCACCGCGCACCGCGCACCGCAGCACCGCCACUCAGUGACUAGUGUAGUGACACGGCAACGGCCCGGUUGGGUUGCAGCAGCCCGUUCCAGGCGCCGGCCACCGGCCCCUACAAGCACCCCGUGAGGACUAUGCGGACGGCCUGACGGCCAGCACGCUGCACUAGUGCUGCACUUUGGACCCCCAGUGAAGACCGCCCCGUCCCGCCACCAUGAAGAAGGUGGACAACGACUUGGAGGAGCUCAUGAGCUUCAUGGGUCCGUUCGGCCGGUAUCAGUUCUUCCAGUUCGUGCUGCUCGCGCUGGCCUCCGUCAACGCCGGCGUGCACAUGCUGUCCCUCGUCACCGUGGCCGCCGUCCCCGAGCACAGGUGCUUCGUGCCCGACGUGGACCAGCGGGUGAACGGCACGGUGCGCGCGGCGGCCUGGAACUCCAGCGAGGUGCUCCGCCACAUCCCGCGCAAGGGCGCCGCGCUGGACAAGUGCCACUUCCUGCUGCACGGCAACGAGUCCCUGCGCACGCCCUGCGGCGAGCACGGCUGGGUCUGGGACGACACCCACUACCCGUCCAGCAGGGCCAUCGAGUGGGAGCUGGUGUGCGACCGCAGCUGGAUGGGCGCGCUGGCGCAGUGCGUGUACAUGUCCGGGCUGCUGAUCGGCGCCGUGCUGCUGGGCAACCAGGCGGACCGCUUCGGCCGCAAGCCCGUCUUCUUCGCGGCCGCCGUGCUGCAGCUCGUGGUCGGCACGGUGGUGGCCUUCGUCCCGGACUUCUACAGCUUCCUCGUGCUCCGCUUCCUGUACGGCGUCGGCACCGUGGGCACGCUCUCCGCCUCCUUCGUGCUCAUCAUGGAGAUGGUGGGCCCGACGUACCACGGCUGCGGCAUGGCAUUCCAGAGCUCCUUCAGCGUCGGCAUCGUCCUGGUGGCGCUGUGGGGCUACUUUCUGCGCGACCGCCAGUUGCUGCAGGCCAUCUACGGGCUGCACAGCCUGCUGCUCAUGCCCCACUGGUGGCUGGUGGACGAGUCCCCGCGGUGGCUGUGGUCCCAGGGCCGGACGCGCGAGGCGGUCCGCGUCGUCGCCAAGGCCUCCAGGCUGAACUACGGCGAGAAGCACUCGUCGGACAUCGCCAACUUCCUGCGCAAGGACUCGGCCACGGCGGACGCGACGGGUGACGUGGAGGACGAGCCCGCCCCUCCGCAGAUGAGCAUCACGGACCUGUUCAAGACGCCCAACAUGUGCAAGCGCAUGUUCAACGUCAGCUUCAACUGGUUCGCCAACAGCCUGGUGUACUACGGCCUGGCGCUCAACACGGGCAAGCUGUUCGGCAACCCGUUCCUCAUCCUGUUCAUCGCGGGUGUGGUGGACGUGCCCAGCUACAUCCUGACCGGCAUCUUCAUGAACUGGCUGGGCCGGCGCAACUUGAUCGCGUCCCUCAUGGUGCUGGGCGGCCUGGCCUGCAUCUCGGCGGCCUACAUCCCCGCCGACGCCGGCGCCUGGGCCACGGCCAUCGUCAUGAUCGGCAAGUUCUUCAUCGCCGGCUCCUUCGCCAUCAUCUACAACUACACGACGGAGCUGUUCCCCACGGUGGUGCGGAACACGGCGCUGGGCGCGUCGUCCAUGUGCGCCAGGAUCUCCGGCGCCGUCACGCCCUUCAUCGUGCUGCUGGACUCGCUGGACCCGUCGCUGCCGUCCACCAUCUUCGGCUGCGUGUCCAUCACGUCGGGGCUGCUGUCGCUGUUCCUGCCCGAGACGCUGGGCCGCGCGCUGCCGCAGACCAUGGAGGAGGGCGAGCACUUCGGCGACGGCGAGACGGUCUUCGGGGGCUGCUGCGGCAAGGGCCGCCGGCCCGUGUCCAGGGCGGCGUCGGAGCCCGGCCGCCGGGACUCGCUGACGCGCCGCUCGCUCAAGGGCAGCGACGACAACGAGAUGGGCAACCUGUCGUGAGGGCCGCCGCGCCCCAGGCCGCCCCAGGCCGCCCCAGGGCCCUUGGCGUCAGCGAGCGGACAAGCCGCUGCAGCUUUGCUGCAGUGCAGGCGCGCGCGGGGUAUCCGCCCGCGGGGUAGGCAACCAUUCCGCCGCCUCACCGGCUCACCGCCCCCUUCAACUCGCGGCGCGCGGAGUAUCGCCGCGGUUCGACGCGUGGAGUAGCGCGGCCGGCCGGCCAGCCAGCCCGCGGGGCGGGGGUCUCAUCACUGCCAUCGAGAUUGUAGGGAGGGAGGGUUUCCUGGAAGUUGUGUUCGGAUCUAAGGUGCACUUCGAAGUGCCGCAGCGACCACGCACUGCAAGUGGACUGUGGCUUCCAUUUUCGGCCAAAGUACUGUUUUUAAUGCAUCACCUGCCGGGCGGGCAGUAGCGUCAAACUGAUCUCUGACCAUCAAAUAAUUGUCAAAUGGAUUUAUUUUGUACUUAAAACUUGACUGAAUGUGCGUCACUUUGACUGUUUUAAUGAGCACGUCUAGUUAAGCUCUUUGUUAUUCGAGUGUGCUGUUUUACCAAGGGCCAACAAACCCACGAGUGUACCUGCUAGUAGUGUGUAGGGAACGUUAACUUUUAACUCACAUGAUUCAGCGCAUCGCGCGCAGAAUUUGCCAGAGUCUGUUCUUCUAUUUUCCUUAACGUUGAAGGCUGUUGUUUGUUAAACUGAAUGUAAAGUUUUUGAUACAAUGUGUGUAUUUUCAAAAAAAGGACAUUAAACAAACGGUGAUUUUUAUAAAUAAUAAAAA